AUGGCUUUUCUCCAAUCUGAAUUAUCGGCCAACGGAGUGGGUGCUGCUAUUGAAUUUGAGUGGUCGACGGAGAAAUUAAAAGGAGUAUUAGAAUUUAUUGAUAAAAGUUGGGUAAAAGAGCGCGACAGGUUGUCUGAUAAGUAUUUGAAAGGUGUUGCGUCUUUUAUUCAGAUGACAAAAAAUUAUCUCUUGAAUAAUAAUAAGGAAUUAUGCACUUUCCCCUGUAAGAAGUGUGUUAACCGAAACCCACCUACUACAUUAGCUGAAAUCGAACAUCACUUGUUCACUACUAGCAUGGCAGGUAGUUAUAAGAUAUGGGUACUUCAUGGGGAAGAAGAUAAUCCUACUCAAAACCAAUCAGCGUCUAGCCAUGACAAUGUCUUUAAUGAUGGUACAACCCAUUCUGGAAAUAAUAAUACAGAUGUACUUGAUAUGUUACAUGAUGCUGAUAAUGCUGGGCAUUUUGAUAGUCAAGCAGAUACACGUAUUCACGGAGAAACUAAUGACGAUUCGGGUGAAGCUGACAGUACAAAUAAUUUGGGUGAAGCUAGUACAAAGUUUGAGGAGCUAUUAGGUAAAGCUAAGCAAGAACUGUACCUUGGUUGUACAGAUUGCUCUUCAUUAAAUUUCCUUGUAGAGUUAAUGCACCUCAAAGUGCUCAACCGUUGGAGCAACAAAAGCUUUGAGAUGCAUCUUGAGUUGCUUAAGAAAUCUUUUCCAAAAGAUAAUACAAUUCCAAAUUCAUACUAUGAAGCUAAAAAGAUAUUGCGUGAUCUUGGAUUGGGUUAUGAAUCGAUUGAUGCAUGUAAAAAUGAUUGUGCUUUGUACUGGAAGGAACAUAAGGAUAGGGAUGAUUGUCCAGUAUGCCACGAGCCUAGGUACAAAUUCAAUGACGGCAAGGGUAAGAAGAUCCCACAUAAGGAACAUGUUGCUCCCGAAGGGGUUUUAAGGCAUCCUUCUGAUGCUGAAGCAUGGAAGGAUUUUGACUCGCGAUAUCCACAGUUUGCAGAAGAUCCUCGCAAUAAAAGGUUAGGUCUUGAUACGGAUGGGUUUAAUCCUUAUGGAAAUAUGAAUAAUGCGUACAACACGUGGCCAGUUAUAGUGAUGCCCUACAACCUACCCCCUUGGAAGUGUAUGAAACAACCUUUUUUCAUGAUGGCAUUACUUAUUCCUGGCAAAAAAUCACCUGGCAACGAUAUCGAUGUGUAUCUACGACCCUUAAUAGAUGAGUUAAAGGAGUUGUGGAAAGACGGAGUGGAAACAUAUGAUGCCUCAACAGAAAAAACUUUUCGUAUGCACGCAGCUGUAUUGUGGACCAUAAAUGACUUCCCAGCAUAUGCUAAUUUAUCAGGAUGGAGUAAAAAAGGUUAUUUAGCUUGUCCAGUAUGUAAUGAUGAUCCACCAUCCCGUGCAUUGAGGAGUAAGAUCGGUUAUCUGCGUCAACAUAGGUUUUUGCCUCCCAAGCAUCCAUGGCGAAGCAACAAACUUCAUGAUGGAAACAAUGAGAUUCACGGUCCACCGAAAGAGUUAACAUGCAUUCAACUUUUACAACAAAUGGACAAACUGGGAGUUAAAAGUUGUUUCGGAAAGCAUCCAGAUAAGGGAAGCAAGAAAAGAAGUCGUACCAAGAAAUAG